CAAACCUUAACGACAAGAAAGAAGUGUCGGCAAGGAGUCGUUAGCUUAUUUUAGUUGUUUUUCAAUUACAAAAGUGUAUUUUACGUAGCUAUUUAAGGUGUGGACAUGUAUAACGCAUGUAUAUAAUUAGAAUAAUAUAACAAUCAACUUUCAAGUUAAGCAAAACAACGCAAAUCGUGUUCUUAUUUUGGCUAAAUUCAACGUGAAUCGGGCGUCGACCGGUCCAUCCCUCCUACCCGUAACCGUCGCCGCCUGCCUGUGCUGUCUGUCAGUCUCGCCUCUAUACUCAUUUUGUACGUAUCGGCGCCGUGCGCGGUCACGGCAAACGCGAGGCAAUAGUACAACGCCGUGUGUAUAACGAUAAGUAGGAACGUGUGUUGUGGUGUGCCGGUCUUAGUGACCGUUUAAUGUGGUAUCUAGUGUCGGUGUUGAGCUGUCGUACGGGCCGCGCGGCGUGAUUGGGCGGCGCGAUGGUGGACAUGGAUAGGAACGAUCCGGAACUCCGGUACUUGUCGGUGGAUAGGAACAGCUUCAAUGACCCAGCCACACAGGCGGAAUGGACGCAGAAGAGGCUGGUGUGGGUGCCCCACGAGAGCCAGGGCUUCGUGGCGGCCGGGAUCAAGGGGGAGCGGGGUGAUGAAGUCGAGGUGGAGAUAGCAGAGUCAGGCAAGAGGAUGCUGGUUCCUAUUGAUGACAUACAAAAGAUGAACCCACCUAAGUUUGACAAAGUUGAGGACAUGGCCGAGCUGACCUGCUUGAAUGAGGCAUCUGUUCUGCACAACAUCAAGGACAGAUACUACUCAGGCCUGAUCUAUACAUACUCCGGUCUCUUCUGCGUGGUGGUCAACCCUUACAAGAAGCUGCCCAUCUACACGGAGAAGAUCAUGGAGAGGUAUAAGGGCAUCAAGAGGCACGAGGUACCGCCGCAUGUGUUCGCCAUCACAGACACAGCGUACCGCUCCAUGUUACAAGACCGCGAGGACCAGUCGAUCCUGUGCACGGGAGAGUCCGGCGCCGGUAAGACAGAGAACACGAAGAAGGUGAUCCAGUACCUCGCGUACGUGGCCGCCUCCAAACCUAAAGGAUCCGGCGCGGGACCUUCACCACAAUUGAUUAUAGGCGAGUUGGAACAGCAGUUGCUACAAGCUAACCCCAUUUUAGAAGCCUUCGGCAACGCCAAGACUGUUAAGAACGACAAUUCCUCUAGAUUCGGUAAAUUUAUAAGAAUAAACUUCGACGCGUCCGGUUUCAUAGCUGGCGCGAACAUCGAAACGUACUUACUCGAGAAAUCGAGGGCGAUCAGACAAGCGAAAGACGAGAGAACAUUCCACAUAUUCUACCAGUUGCUUGCUGGUGCGACUUCACAGCAGAGGGCUGAGUACAUUCUAGAAGAUCCCAAGAGCUACCCAUUCCUGUCGAACGCAGCGUUACCCGUCCCCGGUAUCGACGAUGCUGCAGAGUUCCAAGCCACCAUCAAGUCCAUGAACAUCAUGGGAAUGAACAACGAAGACUUCAACUCGAUAUUCAGAAUAGUGUCCGCCGUUCUUUUGUUUGGCUCGAUGCAAUUCAAACAGGAGAGGAACUCCGAUCAGGCCACUUUGCCUGACAACACAGUCGCACAGAAAAUCGCACAUUUACUCGGUCUCUCAGUAACAGAAAUGACGAAGGCAUUCCUUAAGCCCAGAAUCAAAGUUGGUCGUGACUUUGUGACGAAAGCACAAACCAAGGAACAAGUAGAAUUCUCAGUGGAAGCCAUCGGCAAGGCUUGCUACGAGCGCUUGUUCAGAUGGCUCGUCAAUAGGAUCAACAGAUCUUUAGACAGGACCAAGAGACAAGGAGCAUCGUUUAUAGGCAUUCUUGAUAUGGCUGGUUUUGAAAUCUUUGAGCUAAACUCCUUUGAACAACUGUGCAUCAACUACACUAACGAGAAACUUCAGCAACUCUUCAACCACACUAUGUUCAUUUUGGAACAGGAAGAGUACCAGCGUGAAGGCAUCGAGUGGAAGUUUAUCGAUUUCGGUCUCGAUUUACAGCCGACUAUCGAUUUGAUUGACAAACCUAUGGGUAUCAUGGCGUUAUUGGAUGAGGAGUGUUGGUUCCCUAAGGCGACUGAUAAGACUUUUGUUGAGAAGUUGGUAUCGGCUCAUUCCGUCCAUCCUAAAUUCAUGAAGACUGAUUUCCGUGGCGUUGCUGACUUCGCAAUCAUUCACUACGCUGGCAAGGUCGACUAUUCAGCAGAGAAGUGGUUAAUGAAGAACAUGGAUCCCCUCAACGAGAACGUCGUGUCACUUCUGCAGUCGUCUCAGGAUCCAUUUGUAUGUCACAUCUGGAAAGACGCGGAGAUCGUAGGCAUGGCCCAGCAGGCCAUGACCGAUACACAAUUCGGCGCGAGAACCCGCAAGGGUAUGUUCAGAACAGUCUCCCAGCUAUACAAGGAACAGCUUACUAAACUGAUGGCGACGCUCAGGAACACUAACCCGAACUUCGUAAGGUGUAUCAUUCCCAACCAUGAGAAGAAGGCUGGAAAGAUCGAAGCGCCUCUAGUUCUCGACCAGUUACGAUGCAACGGUGUGCUCGAAGGUAUCAGGAUCUGCAGACAAGGUUUCCCCAACCGUAUUCCCUUCCAGGAGUUCAGACAGCGCUAUGAGCUUCUGACUCCUAAUAUUAUACCGAAAGGAUUCAUGGAUGGAAAGAAGGCUUGUGAGCAGAUGAUCGAGGCUCUAGAGUUAGAUCAUAAUUUAUACCGCGUCGGUCAGUCCAAGAUCUUCUUCCGGGCUGGUGUACUGGCACAUCUUGAGGAGGAACGGGACUACAAAAUCACAGACUUGAUAGUAAACUUCCAAGCGUUCUGCCGAGGCUACCUUGCUAGGAGGAACUACCAAAAGCGCCUGCAACAGCUGAACGCUAUCAGGAUCAUUCAGAGGAACUGCGCCGCGUACCUCAAGUUGAGGAACUGGCAAUGGUGGAGACUAUACAUCAAGGUGAAACCUCUGCUAGAAGUGACCAAGCAAGAAGAGAAGUUGACACAGAAGGAGGACGAACUCCGUCAGAUCCGGGAACGUCUAGACACGCAGGUCAAGCGCUGCCAAGAGUACGAGCUCAAGUACCAGCAGUCCAAUGCCGAGAAGACACAGCUGGCCGAACAGUUGCAGGCGGAGCUGGAACUAUGCGCCGAAGCGGAAGAAUCCCGCGCUCGUGCCGCUGCCCGCAAGCAGGAGCUGGAGGAACUGCUGCACGACCUGGAGGGGCGCAUCGAGGAGGAGGAGGAGCGGUGCAACGCGCUGCAGCAGGACAAGAAGCGGCUGCAGCUCAACAUACAGGAUCUAGAGGAACAGCUAGAGGAAGAGGAGGCGGCGCGUCAGAAGUUACAGCUGGAGCGUGUCCAGUGCGACUCCAAGCUCAAGAAGCUGGAGGAGGACCUCGCGCUCAGCGAGGACACCAACCAGAAGCUGGUUAAAGAGAAGAAGAUACUGGAAGAGCGAGCAAAUGAUUUGUCCCAAGCGUUGGCCGAGGAAGAGGAGAAGGCGAAACACCUCAGCAAGCUCAAGACCAAGCAGGAGUCCGCCAUUGCUGAGCUUGAGGAGAAACUAUUGAAGGAUCAUCAAAUGCGGCAAGAGACGGACCGUGCGAAACGGAAGUUGGAGACUGAAUUACAAGAUGUUAAGGAACAGCUCGCCGAGAGGAAGGCUCAGCUGGAGGAGUUGCAGAUCGUUAUGACUAAGCGCGAGGAAGAGCUAGCAGCGGCGAUGAGUCGCGCGGACGAGGAGAGCGCGCUGCGGGCGGCCGCGCAGAAGGCGGCGCGCGAGGCCGAGUCCGCGCUGGCCGACGCGCACGAGGACCUGGACGCCGAGCGGGCCGCCCGCACCAAGGCCGAGAAGCUGCGCCGCGACCUCAACGAGGAGCUCGAGGCGCUCAAGAGCGAGCUGCUCGACUCGCUCGACACUACUGCUGCGCAACAGGAGCUGCGCACGAAGCGCGAGCAGGAGGUGGCGGUGCUGAAGCGCAGCCUGGAGGAGGAGGCGGCCGCGCACGAGGCGGGGCUGGCCGAGCAGCGCCACAAGCACUCGCAGGAGCUGCAGCAGCUCAACGAGCAGCACGACCAGGUCAAGAAGGCCAAGGCGGCGUUGGAGAAGGCGAAGCAGGCGCUAGAGGCUGAGAAUGCUGACCUGGCCACCGAACUGAAGUCAGCGGCCGCCGCGCGCGCGGACGGGGAGCGGCGUCGCAAGCAAGCCGAGUUACAGCUGGCUGAGCUCGCCGCCAAGCUGCAGGACGUCGACCGCACCAGGGCCGAAGUGCAGGACAAGUGUGUCCGGCUGCAGGGCGAGGCGGAGGCGGCGGCGGCGCAGCUGGAGCAGGCCGAGCUCAAGGCCUCCGCCGCACACAAGCACGCCGCCACGCUCGGCGCGCAGCUCGCGGAGGCGCAGGCCCUAUUGGAAGAGGAGACGAAACAGAAAUUAUCUCUACAAACCAAGCUCCGCAACAUCGAGCAGCAGUUGGAGCAGGCCAGAGACCAGCUCGAGGAAGAGGAAGAGGCCAAGAAGAACUUGGAGAAACAAGUAACAGCCCUGACCCAGCAAGUGUUGGACGCCAAGAAGAAGGCGGAAGAGGAGGCGGAGAACGCCCUCGCCCUGGAGGAGCAGCGCAAGAAGCUCAGCAAGGACGUGGAGGCGCUGCACAGGCAGAUCGACGAGCUGCAGCAGGCUAACGACAAGCUGGACAAGAGCAAAAAGAAGAUUCAGGCAGAGCUCGAAGAUACCAACAUCGAACUGGAGGCUCAACGCGCUAAGGUUAUGGAACUCGAGAAGAAACAGAAGAGCUUUGAUAAGGUGGUUGCUGAAGAGCGUGCAGUGGCCGAGCGUUACGCGGCCGAGCGCGACCAGGCCGAGCGCGAGGCGCGCGAGAAGGAAACACGCGUGUUGUCACUCACGCGCGAGCUGGACGACGCCGCGGAGAAGAUCGAAGAGCUGGAACGCAGCAAGCGGCUUCUACAAUCUGAGCUGGACGAGCUCGCCAACACUCAAGGCACAGCCGACAAGAACGUACACGAACUGGAGAAGGCCAAACGCGCACUAGAGUCGCAACUGGCCGAGCUGAAAGCGCAGAACGAGGAAAUCGAGGACGACCUGCAACUGACGGAGGACGCCAAGCUGCGCCUCGAGGUCAACAUGCAGGCCAUGCGCGCGCAGUUCGAACGCGACCUGCAAGCCAAGGACGAGCAGGGCGAGGAGAAGCGCCGCGGCAUCGUCAAGCAGCUGCGGGACCUGGAGGCCGAGCUCGAGGAGGAGCGCAAGCAGCGCGCCGCCGUGCUGGCCAUGAGGAAGAAGCUGGACGCCGACCUCAAGGACGCCGAGCAGGCGUUACACCUCGCCAACAAGGUGAAAGAAGACGCGGCCAAGCAAGUGAAGAAGCUCCAGCAGCAGCUGAAGGAGGCGGCGCGCGAGGCGGAGGAGGCGCGCGCGGGGCGCGAGGAGGCGGCGGCGGCCGCGCGCGACGCCGAGCGCCGCGGCAAGGCGCUGGAGGCCGAGGCGCUGCAGCACGCCGAGGAGCUCGCCGCCGCCGAGCGCGCGCGCCGCCAGGCCGAGGCCGAGCGCGACGACCUGCUCGACGAGCUCAACAGCGCCGCCGGGAAGGGUACACUUCUCGUUGAUGAGAAGAAACGCCUGGAAGCCCGGAUAGCAGCCCUCGAGGAAGACCUGGACGAGGAACAGUCUAACAACGAAAUACUUAAUGACAGGCUCAGAAAAUCACAGAACCAAAUCGACCAGCUGACGAUGGAGCUGGGUACAGAGAAGUCCGCCACACAGAAGCUGGAGAGCGGCAAGCUGGUGCUGGAGCGACAGAACAAGGAGCUCAAGGCCAAGCUGGCCGAGCUCGAGACCGCCGCCAGGACCAAGACUAAGGGCGUGAUCACAUCUCUGGAGCUGAAGGUGGCGAACUUGGAAGAGCAACUCGAGGCGGAGUCUCGCGAGCGGCUCGCGCAGCAGAAGGCGGGACGCAAGCUCGACAAGAAGAUGAAGGAGUUGGCGCUGCAGCUGGACGAGGAGCGGCGACAUGCCGACCAGUACAAGGAGCAGAUCGAGAAGAUGAACGUCCGCGUGAAGGCGCUGAAGCGGCAGCUGGACGAGGUGGAGGAGGAGGUGCAGCGGGAGAAGGUCGGCAAGAGGAAGGCGCAGCGGGAGCUCGAGGACAUGCUCGAGACUCACGAGACCCUCGCCAGGGAGUGCAACAACCUGCGGAACAAGCUCAGACGGCAGGGCGGCGGCAUCGGGCUGUCGGGCGCGUCGUCGUCGUCGCGCAUGAAGCGCACGUCGCUGGCGCCGGGCGCGGGCUCCGGCGACGAGUCCUUCGACGACGUCAACGACUCCACCAACAGCGUCGAGUAGCGGCCCCUGCUCACCUCACUCAUGUCCAUCUAGCUACAUGUAACAGCUGCACCUGUUGUUCUAUGUCAUCCACAGCAUGUCACUAGCGGAAGUCCGACGACUACCCAACUCUCGUGUCGAACCAUUCCCUUCUAUUUAGACGACGGUUCGACGACAUGCUAAUAUUUUUAAUAAUCAAAAAAUACAUAAAUAAUGUCAAACGUGAUUAAGUUUCGAGUUUAGUGACUGUUUGACCUUAGGCUAAGUAGUUAUUUUUUGCAAAUUUAUUGUUAUUCAUUUUUUAUAUUAUUUUUUCAUCUAUGUUGACGUACUUAAUUACUGGAGAACACGUUUCUUCGACGCUAUUACAUGUAGCUACGCUAUACAGCAAUAGUAGUUUUGUACAUACAAUGAACGCGCGGGCUUACAUUGAACUACCCUGAAUGUGGUCAACAUAUUGUAGAUUAGCGAGACAAAACUACCAUUAUGUAUGAGUGGACUGUAAGUCAAUGUAAAUCGAGUUAUUGUAUGGAUAUAGCGUACAGCUGAGAACGCAUAGGCUUUUGUAUUUAAUAUAUGUUUUCUUUCAUUGUAUAAUAAUAUGUAUGUACGUAAAAUUUUAUUGUCAUUAUGAAAUAUUUUGAGUACAUUUUUUUCGAUUCAAGACGUAUGAAUGUGCUCGCUCGUUUAAUCGACAAUACUUUUAUAAUGCAUGAAUUUAUUUUCUUUGUAUUUUGGGGCAGAAGCAAUGGCCUAUAUAACGCUCCUGAGGCACUUCCACGGCGAACACAUUCAUAUGUACGUCUCGAACACAACUAAAUAACGCGGGUGCUCAAUUUACACUUAAAUAAAUUGCAUUUAAACAGUCGAAUCUCUGAGAAACAAUAGCAAUUGGUGAUAACCCCCACCCCAGUAUUAAACUAUACAUUCCUAACAAUCGAGAUUUUCACUUUGCCCAGACAAAGUCGGACGGGUAGAUUGUUAAAUUACUCAUUGGGUGAUAUUUGUAAUGAAAUUUUUUAAAGUAUUAUUAAAUUGUGGCAAAAUAUUACUUAUACUGUUUGAUUAUUGCAUUUAAAACGCGACUGAGGUAACCAAGACUGUUGUUGCGAUAAUUGACCCCCUCCCCACUCCAUUAUCAAUCGUACCGUUUGCUGAUUAUCUCUGUAUACAUUGCGCGGCUGGUCGCGCUCAGCCGGCAGCCGAGCUCGCGUCCACUUCCCAUCAGUCGAGAGCGACUCCGCUCGGCGAGCCUCACUUCAUCUAUACAAUGUAAAUAUAAUCAGUGUAAGUCACUGAGCGCUUAUAGUUGCCAUACAAAUUUUAAUGAUAGUUGAUAAGUAAACAUGUGAGCUUUUGAUGUGAUGGCAUGUGACGUAGUCUCCACCAAUACAGACCUAGUUGACUCAAUCAAAUGCUCAGGCGGCUCAGUUUUUGAAAAUAAUAUUGAGCACAAAAUAUAUAGCUAGCUUACUCACACGUCUAAUAUUGAGAGGUUUGUGCAAGCAUUCUGCUCAAAAUCCUGAGCUGCACAGAGUUGCACACGUUUUGCU